AUGAAAUCAACAAAAAUUAUUUCACCAUUACUUUCAUGUCAAGCAUUAAAUGAACUUUUACAAGUACCACCAAAAAAUAUAUCAAUUCUUGAAACAGAUAUUGGAAAAAAAUCUGAAAAAGAAUAUCAAUCUGCUCACAUUCCACAAGCUCGUUUUUUCGAUCAACUUGAAUGUACACAACCAACAAAAUUAAUACCACGAGGUUUACCUGAAAUUAAAUGUUUUGAAUCGUAUCUUUCACGUUUGGGUGUAUCAAAUAAUGAUCAUAUUGUUCUUUAUGAUCGUUCACCAAUGGGUUUUUAUGCAUCUAGUCGAGCUUGGUGGUUAUUGAAAACAUAUGGAGUGAAUAGUUUAUCUAUUCUUAAUGGUGGUUUUUAUAAAUGGUUAAAAGAAAUUAAUAAAAUGGAAUCAUCAUCUGAUAAUAAUGAUUCCAAAAAAGAAGAAACAGGAAAAUUUACUGUUCAUUUAAAUAAACAAUUAUUAAAAAAUUAUAAUGAUAUAUUAAAUAUUAUCUCAACAAAUAGUAAAGAACCACAAAUUGUUGAUGCACGACCACCAAAUCUAUUUAAUGGUUCAAAUGCUGGACAUAUGCCUAAUGCAUUGAAUCUUCCAUAUACAGAUAUAUUUGAUCAAACAGCUAGUGGUUUAAAAUCAAACGAUGAACUUAAAAAACUUUUUAAUAAUGCCGGAGUUGAUCUAUCAAAACCAUCAAUUUAUACUUGUCAAACAGGAACAACAGCAAGUACAUUAGCUUUUGCUGCAUAUGUUCUCGGUCAAAAAUCUUUAUCAGUUUAUAAUGGUUCAUUUACCGAAUGGCAAGAACGUGCACCUCCAGAAUUAAUUAUUCAUGAUCAAACAAUGAAACCUGCUGCUUAG